UUUUUGACAAUAGAUUUGACAGCGAUACUUUUAACAAACGAAACCAUGGCGGCCACAGCUUUAGAUUCGGAAAUCACAAAAAGUGAUAAAUAUUCCAUAUUAUUACCUACUUACAACGAAAGAGAGAACUUACCCAUUAUAAUAUGGCUUAUAGUGAAAUGUUUAGAUACAAGUGGAUAUGACUACGAAGUGAUUAUAAUCGACGAUGGAAGUCCGGACGGUACCCAAGAUAUUGCCAAACAGCUGCAAAAGAUAUAUGGGUCUAAUAAGAUCAUUCUUCGUCCGCGAGAGAAGAAACUGGGUUUAGGCACUGCUUACAUACACGGUAUGAAACAUGCGACCGGUAAUUUCAUUAUUAUAAUGGACGCUGACCUUAGUCACCACCCAAAAUUCAUCCCAAAGUUCAUAGAACUACAAAGAGAGCAUGACCUCGAUGUGGUAUCUGGUACCCGGUACAAGGAUGAUGGUGGUGUCCAUGGGUGGGACUUUAAACGGAAGCUGAUAUCACGGACUGCUAACUUCAUCACCCAGAUGUUAUUGAGGCCUGGCGCUUCGGAUCUUACUGGGUCUUUUAGGUUAUACAAGAAGGAUGUCCUCCAAAAGUUAAUAGACAGCUGUGUGUCCAAAGGCUAUGUGUUUCAAAUGGAAAUGAUUAUUAGAGCAAGACAAUUGGAUUACACUAUUGGAGAAGUGCCAAUCACAUUCGUGGAUCGCGUCUACGGCGAAUCAAAACUUGGAGGCUCAGAGAUCAUACAGUUUGCCAAAGCAUUACUGUACUUAUUUGCUACUACAUAAAGUGCUAUUUCCUACAUUCCGUGUAUAAAAUAUGUGUUAGUACAAGAUUUGUAUGUAUUACCAAGAUAAUAAUAUGGUAUCCUAGUACAUAAAUAUUGGAAGUUAUAUAUUUUUUCUUCCCGUAUUUUUUAUAAAUUUGUUUAAAAUAAGGCAAGCCACUGCAAUAAUUAUUAUUAAAAUCUCUAUUUUAAACUGUUUAUGUACAAAAAUAUGUUUUAAUACAGUAAAUAAACCUGGUUACAGACUUGCUUUUAAUAGAAACAUUAAAAGAUUUAUUUCUCAAGUCUUCCAAUAUAAAUUAUUGACCAUGUGAUCUUUUACACCACCCACGAUAUCGGCUGGAGUUAAUUUAAACUAAGAAUCAUUUAUCUACAAUACUUGCCUACAUAAUUAUUCCUUUUUGUGCAAUUUUUCAGAUAAGUACCAGAAAUUAUUGUUCCAAAUACCUAUUUGUGUUAAUACACACUAAUGUAUAAGAUAAAUUUUAUAAAAACUAAUAAUAAAUUGAUAUUUUUUAAUUUUUACAA